AUGCGUGGAACAGCUGCCCUUUGCGGUCUCGCGGGCCUUGCGCUUUGCAAUGCCGAAACCAUAACUGACGCUGCUUGCGAAGCUUCUUUCGAGACAGUAACUGCGGCUGCUGCGGUCAAGGAUCUUAACCCAGGUUGGAAUUUGGGGAAUACUCUCGAUGCCAUUCCCGAUGAGACGUCGUGGGGCAACUCGGCGCAGGAGGCGACUUUUGAUAGUAUCAAGGCUUCCGGCUUCAAGAGCAUUCGGAUUCCAGUAACAUGGGCCGACCACAUCACCACUCAAUCCCCUUCAUGGACUAUCGACACCGCCUGGAUGGACCGUGUCGAAGAGGUCGUCGACUGGGCCAUUGCACGCGACUUAUGGGUCGUCCUCAACAUCCACCACGACUCCUGGGAGUGGGCCGACGUCACCCAGUCCGGAGCUGACCUCGCAAUGAUCGAGGAGAAGUUCUCUGCACUCUGGGCCCAGAUCGGUGAUCGCUUCAAGUGCAAGUCUUCCAAGCUGAUCCUGGAGCCGAUCAACGAGUUCCCGGGUGACACCCAGGCGCACGGUGACGAGCUUAACAAACUGCAGGAUAUGUUCCUGGAUGAGAUCAACAAGGCGGGUGGCUACAACCCGCAGAGAGUCGUCUCGCUGGGUGGGCUUGGACAUGACAGCGCCAAGACCAGCCAGUUCUUCGAGAGAGGCACCACCUACCCCGACCAGCCAUGGGCAAUCCAGUUCCACUACUACUCACCAUAUGACUUCAUUUUCGGCGCCUGGGGCAAGACCCUCUGGGGCUCCGACGACGACAAAGCUGUCAUGGAGGCCGACUUCGCCAACCUCCGCAGCAACUUCACCGACGUCCCCAUCUUCAUUGGCGAGUGGGAGGCGAACGGCAACGUCGAACCCGCGGCCCACUGGAAGUAUUUUGACUUCCUCAUCCGCACCGCGAACGCCAACGACUUCUCCACCAUCCUCUGGGAUAACGGCGCCCACUUCAACCGCCCCACCAGCAAAUGGGUUGAUCCCUCCGAGCCGGAGUUGAUUACCGCUGCCGUCGCUGGAACGAGCAACUCCCUCGCUGACAGCACCGUCGACAUCGCCGCCACGGAACAGGAAUCGAGCGCGUUUGUUUUCCACAAGGUCGGCGACCCAGUCGUUGCACAGAAAGUCAGCUAUGCCUUGAACGGGAACACAAUCUCGUCGAUCACCAACUCUGCCGGGACUGCUCUUGCUGCGACUGACUACACUGUCGCUGACGGGGUUGUGACCUUCACUGCUGAGUAUCUUGGCAGCCUAUACAGCGCCACCGAUGCCGCCGGGACAAAGGAAACCCUCACUGUCGCCUUCAGCGCCGGUGCCAGCCUCUCCAUCACCAUCGUGCUCUGGGACACCCCAACAGUGGCAACGAACUCUUUCGCAGUCGAUGCCUCCACCGACCUCAAGAUACCAGUCGCCUGGAACGGGCUACACCGCGUCGCAGCCGUCAAGGCUCGCAAGGCUGACGGCACCUACCUCUCGGAUGACUGGACUGUGUAUCUCCCAGCUCUGCAGCAGGGAUACUGGACUUUUGGCAGCUGGGGCUGGGAUGAUGAGAACAUAAUCGUGUAUGCAUCGGGAUUGUCGACCAUUAAGGCGGCUGGGCAGGAGGUGACGCUGUCGUUCGAGUCAUUCCCUCGCAUUAUGGGCGAGAAUGCGGUGAACAUCACGUUCACGCAGUAGAUUGUCGAUGUUGUCGAUGUGUUGUUAGACUGAGGCAGUCUAGAUGGGUGUUUGAACAUACUAUAUAUGUG